CUUGCAUAUUUUUAUAUACAUAUUUACCAGUGCAUAUUUCUUUUAACUAAUCUUAUUAUUAUCUUAUUGUUUCAGAUACAUCCCGAUGAUCAUCUAUCACUGCGCAUCUGUCAUGCAUGCAUCAGUUACCUGAAUUCCUGGCAAAGCUUCAAAAAUCGCUGCAUCGCGUCGCAAAGCAAACAACGCAGUUGGUUGGAUUCCAAUAAACGACAACAGCUGCUUGAUAACAAUGUCAGUAUAUCAACGAUUAGUGCAGAUGGCACUACCCAACAGCAACAGCAAUCGGAGGAUAGCGAACACCAAACACCAAGCUUGGCAACAUCGAUAUUGGAUGGCAUUUCGUCGUUGAAGAAACGCAAAUCUUUAACUGUUUAUGUGAGUCCUAAAGAAAACCCCCCAACUACUACCACUACUAGUACUCCUUCUACUACUACUUCUGCUGCUGCUACUGCAACUGUAACAAGUAAACAACACUUAUUAUCAGCAUCAAUAGAACCUACGUUUCAUAUAAAAAAAUCGCAACAACCAUAUGAACCACAAUUGUUGCUUCAACAACCAGGGGCAUUUAAGAAGUAUAGCAGGCAAUUUGCGCCUUCAGCUGGUUCACUUGGUGCUGCUGGUGCCGGACGCGUACAAUCUCUGGCACUGCCACAGCCACCACUGCGCAGAGCUAGGCAUUACCACCGCUCUACGCUGCACCAGCGGCAGCAGCAGCACCAUCAGCAACAGCAAAAAGAGUUGCAACAAUAUGUACAAGCGGAAGUGGAAAAGUAUCAAAGACAACAGCUGUUGCAGGAACAACAAAAAAUGCUGGAACAGCAGCAGCAGCAGCAACAACAACAAUUGCAGCAACAUCAGCAGCAGCCGUCGCAUCCACAGUUACAGCAACAACAAAUGCAGUCAAUUGCUGUCGCAGCAUCCACUUCGUGUCAGAGUGCCGCGCAGCAAUUGCGUUUGUUUAGACGUUACACGUACAACAACCCAUUACCAGCUGUGGAAAUCAAAGAUGAACCAAUGGAUCCCGAUGAUGACUACAGUGCGAAACAGCACGAUGAGUCGGACGAUAUGGUUGAUCCCACACUCUUUUUAGAGCGCACCGAAGAAGAGGGCGACGAGGCGUUGAUGGAGCAUAUGUCCUAUCAAUAUGAACCACCGCCGCCGCGUCCCGCUAUUGAACUUUCGGUACUUGCAGACACCAAAGAAGCAUCUUGUCGCGCCUGCAAUCUAAAGUUCUCUACACGCGCCAACGCCCGCCGUCAUGAGCGAAACCUGCAUCCUAAUCUUUUCGAACUGUCCACAUCAACGCCAAAUAACAUGCCUGUGACCAAACCGACGCCUGCACUGGCUGCUGCUCUGGAGCUACAACGAGCCUCAGCAGCAGCUGUAGCUGCGGCCGAGGCUUCGAAAGCCGCUUCUGGCAUGAUUACGCCGCUUAAGUAUCGACAGGAAAUAGUGAAUGCAUUCAACAAAUGCGAAAUCGGUGGUUUCGACUAUGAGCACCCAGAGAAGUACCAACAUCAUUUGACUGAUGAGAAAAUCGUGUUCCUACAACAGAACGACGAAUUUUUGCGCCAGUAUCAGAAUAUGACUUGCCGUUGCUGCAAUAAAACAUAUUCGACCUACAAGAAUUUCAUGGCGCACAUGCGCAAGAAAUACUUAACAUUGCCGCGCAACCUAUGCUUCAACUGCCUCAAACUGAAUGACUCGAAAGCGCUGUUCAUAUCGCAUUUGAAACGACGCAAUUGCAUCAAUUUAUAUAAAGUGUUGCAUGCGCUGAUGGCGAAGGACUCCAGCUUUGCUGCUGCUGUCACUGCAACAGCGGCGGCAGUGCCUGAUAAGUUGCGUGCCAAGGAGUUGCUCGUCAAUAAAAUGUACGAAUGCAAAUUAUGUCCGAAACGGUAUCGGCUGAAGUUGGAAUUCCGUUCGCAUGUUUACGAUCAGCACGCCGACAUGCAACGCAAAGAUACCAUGCAAAAACAAUGUUGUUAUUGCGGUUUGGAGCUGGAGGACCCCGCUGAGCGCAAACGCCAUUACAAUAAUAUGGAUUGCAUUGUUUCAUUACGUUGUGUGACAUGCGAUGCGAAAUUCGAUAAUCAUCAGAAAUUUUUGGACCAUGUAUAUGAAAAGCAUUUGGCCGCCUUUGGCGAACAGACGUCGACAUCUGGGCUAAAUGUCAGUGUGACCUCGGAGAAUUCACCGGGUAAAAAGUCGACGCCUGGUUUGGGUGGUGCUUCCUCCACCGACGAGUCCCGCAGCAGUCAUCACGCCAACUCUUUAACACAGCCAAAAUCGCAAUAUUUCUCGCGCAUGCCACAAGCUUGUCCGAUAUGUGAUCAGCAAUAUAACAACUACAACAAUGUGCUGCGCCACAUGGAAUCCAAGCAUCCAGAUCAAUUGCCGCAGACCUACAAGUGUGUAAAGUGUGGUAUUGGUUAUCCACGUUUGUCCAACUUACGUGAACACAUGGUCAGUGCUCAUGCAGCGGAUAAGGCAAGACAUACUGGUUUUGAGUAUAUUGUGAAUGCGGAUGCGGUUAAAAUUGCCUAUGGUACAACACAGAAUGUCUAUACAGGACGGUAUGAUUAUGUGAUGAAAGAUUUAAUGUCGAUAACGAAUGGCGGAUCAAUCGCUGACGACGAUGAAAAUUCUAGUGAGAAUGCAGCCAAGAAAAUGCGCACAGAAAGUGGCGCCGCUGUGACCACCAGCACUGGCUCCGGCAAUGCCAGUGGCAGUGGUAACAUGUAUAGCAGCCUGAAAGAGUGUCCCAUUUGCAAUGCAGUAUUCAGCAAUAAUAUAGGUCUUUCUAAUCAUAUGCGCUCACACAGUGCAGCGAACCAGAACAGUGGCCAGUCCCCAGCACUGGUGAGCGCCAGCAAAUCGACACCAAGCGGGCUCACUAUAACACCGGCACCACCCUCAAAGCCAUCGACGCCUCCAGCUAUGCAGCAUCAGACAGCAGUACAAAAGGCAAUCUUUAAGCGUAGUUUGGAACAGGCCGCCGACCGCCGUUUCCGACGCAUGCGUUGCCGUCUCUGUCAGCGUCGAUUCUCAUCGAAGAAAUCCUACCGUUUCCACAUGCUCAACGACCAUCAAAUACGCAAUGUACAAUUUAUUAAAUGCAAAUUGUGCGAUGCAGAGUUCGCUUACGAGAAGGGCUUGAAGGUGCACAUGUUCAAAAUACAUAAUACGCUGCUCAAAGACGAGAUGAUUGUCAAGCAAUUUGAAUGUGAUAUUUGUUCGAUUGUGUAUCGCAGUGAAGAUCAGCUUCAACAGCAUAAGAAGACUGUUCAUGGUGGUACAGACCAGCAGGGUGGUGAUGAAGCAUUUGACGAUAAAAUCGCAGCCGCGAAUCCCGCUGAUCGUUCGGGCAUCUCGACGCCGGUUAGUAGUGUGGGAGCCGGCGGCGAACGUAGCACGGUGGAUACUUCAGCUACUGGACCACUAUACUGGUACCAAUGCAAGUAUUGCCCAUCGAACUUUAAUACCAACAAAAAGUUAGCAAUCCACAUUAACUCACACGACGAGUUCGAUUCAAAUGAUUAUUCGUGCAAGGAUUGUGGAAAUGUUUACAGCGGACGAAAGAGCUUAUGGGUGCAUCGCUACAAAAAGCAUCCACAAUUCCCAGAACCCUCUGAAUGUGUGCUCUGCAAAAAGGUUUUCUUUGAUAGCCAAAUGUUAGAGAACCACAUACCAACUUGCAAUCGCAAGCCAAUUACAGCCACUGGCGCUGUGGCUGAAAGCGCGGGCCCGCCACCAAUCUAUAAACACAAGACGGGUGAUGACGAUGACGAUGAUGCAUCACACGAAGCCAGCGGUGUUAUAACGACAAGCGCAUUGGGUGGCGGUGAGCUAGAGAUAACUCCGAUACCGGCGAGCGGUCUGAAGAUUAAACUACCAGAAGUAGCUUGCACAAUAUGUGGACAACGUUUCACUGAUCAGGAAUUGUUCUCCAAGCACAUACAAAUGCAUGAAAUGGAAUUAUAUACGGAUAAUCCGUUAGCGGCCAUGUUUGAUACGGGUCCAGCGGAUCCGAAUCAAUUCUACUUGGAUCGGGUGAAUGACAAUGGCGAAUACGCCUGCGAUCUGUGUAAUAAAACGUUUACACAAAUGACUGCACUUAAAGUGCAUCGUAAAUGGCAUUUCAGAGGUGAUAGCAAACAGAACCAAGUCGACGCGGAUCAUUCAGCCAAUGCAGCGAACCCAUCAUCCCAGAUCCUGACCAACCAUCAACAUCCACUGGGAUUACAAGCAGUGGGGCUUAUUCCCAAUCCCCAUCAUCACUCUUCAAGGUCCCAGAAACGCAAACGCGAACUUAAAUGUGAGUACUGUCCCUCCACAUUCAUUAGCAACAACAACCUGCGUCGCCACAUCUACGAGCUGCAUAAAGAUGAGAUCGGUAACUUGCCUGUGCCACCGAAAAUUGAAACAGAUCCCCAUCUGCAGUGCCGUCGUUGUCAGCAAAAGUUCGAAACGAAAACUGAUUGGAUUGAACACAAAGUUGCAGAUGCGCGUGUAACCAAACCGUUCGGUCCAUUCCAGUGGGGCUGUGAUUUAUGUGGAGCCUAUGUUUCGCGUAAAGAGAAGUUAAUAAAUCACAUACAUAAUCACUUGAAAGAAAAGGAGAUAGUGCCUGUGGAAGAUCAACAACAGACUCAUGACCAGAAUCAGAAUCGCUCGGCUAUGAAAUCGACGGCGGCACCUGCAGCAGAAAAAGUUGUUGUUGAUGGAGAAGUGGUGGUGAAGAGCGAAAUAGAUGAUGAAAAAGAACAGUCAAACGAAGGUAUUAAAGAGAGGCGGGAAUCCGAAGAUGAGGAUGGUGAGGUGGAUGGCGAAGUAGUGGACUAUGAAGGGGAACGAAAAGAAAUAGGUGAGGGCGGAAGGCGCGACGCUCAAUUUGAAGAAAACGCCGAAGAGGAUGGUUCAGAGAAAGAAGAGGAAGAUGAGGAAUAUGAAAAUAUGGGUGAAAUUAUGCAAGUCGCAAUGACUGACACGCAUGCCAAUGAUGAAACAGAACAGGAUGAAGUUGAUGAGAGCGAAGCCGAUGAUUGCGAGGAAGAUGCCGACGCAGACGAUGACGAUGAUGUUGAUGUAGAUAAUGCGGAUUCAAACGACAAUGUUGCCGCGUCGAAUGGUCGGGCUUAUGGGCGCGGUCCUCCAGUUGCGUCACAAGUCACCAUUGAACCAAUUCGUAAUUCGACGGAUACGACCGGAGACUCUUCGGCGUCGUACGACGAAGACGACGACGAUGACAAUGACAACGACUCGGAUGGGGAUAGUGAUGCGGACAGCGGCGAUAGUUCUUCGCAGGAUUCGAAGACGCGAGGAUCAGCGCCCAAAGCACGUUUCUCUUGCGAUCUCUGUCGAUUGUUCUUCGACUCGCAACAGGAGCUGCAAAAGCAUGUGAAAAUGCAUUUCCUCAAUGGACCUGGCUCGGUGUCGUUAACCGAGAUCAAGUCAAAGACAGGCAACAAGUCGAGUCGCAGUAGCAGCAGUGAUGUAGUGGCGGUGUAGUCGUAGUGAACCGCUGCUGCUACUGCACUUGCUACCUGCCAUUGCUAAACGUUUCUAUUUACUUUGAAAUAUUGCAUAAGCCGUUAUUUUUUGCUAGAUUAGUUUUUACUCUGAAUCAUAUACAUAUAAUGAAUGUUUGUAUACUACUUAAGUUACUGCCUAAUUUAUUAACUUUCUCAAGUUUGCUAAAAGAAAGCAAGAUUUAUGUUAUUUGUGCAUUACCGAGCAAAUAAUAUAAAAAAAUAAACUUUAUAUAUAAACUGUAAUUAUUACAUACUUACAAUAAAAUAAUGCAAAUGUAUGUAGUAAACUUUACUAAAUAUAAAUAAAUAACUUUUUACUCUUGCUUUGAUUAAUUUUGCAUGAAGAGUGAACUUACAAAACCCUUAAUUACGACGUUAUACUACAAAUACAACUAAUUGAAUACGAAAUAUAAGUAUGAGCUGUAGAACUAGAAGCAUUUGCAACAUUACCAAUUUUUCAAAUAACAGCUUAUGAUUUUAAUUUAUUUUGAAUAUAAAUGCGAGUAUAAUUUAACAUCAAAUAUAUUUAUUUUUUUUUUGUUGUUUUUGUCCAACAAAAUUGGCAUUGAAAUAAUGUAUUUAGCAUUAGCAACGCUCUAAAAAUACAAACUAGUUGUAAGGCUUCAACUGUAAACAUGAAUUCAUUCAAAAUUAUUUAAUAAACCUAAAAAAAAAA